CAAAAUACUAUUAAAAAAAACAUUUUUCUUGACAAAAAUGGGGGCUAAAACAGAGGCUAAAUUAGUCCGAAGUCAAUUUUCCCUAGUCAAUCUAUUGAAUCCUUAUUUUCUUCUUCCACGAAACAUUCAAGAUAAACAGCCAUCUCAAACUUAAUUAAAAUCUGAAAAAUACCAACCAUUCCAUGCUCCAGUCCUUCACCACCACAUCCAAAAUUCACAAUGGGUUCAGAUGAUGUUCACAAUGAAAAACCGCACUUUAUUUAUCGUAAAAGCAAUUAUGAUCUUAACAGUAAGAUUAUGCUCACAGCCAUAAUUUCAUUAUCAGUUGUAGUUGUACUUGUCACAAUCCUCCACAUAUAUGUAAGAUGUUACGUUCGCCGCCGCCAGGCCCGAGGACAGACCGGCCUCUUCAACUUAGGCUACGUCAUAAGUGCUGCCCCCACCGAGCCACUGCCACUGACGACUGGCCUCGACCCAUCAGUCAUGGCCUCCCUGCCUAUAUUUGCGUUCAAGAAAACAAAUGGAAAUGAUAAUGAUGAUCAGAUGGGUUCUUCAGUGGAGUGUUCAGUUUGUUUGAGCAUGUUGGAGGAUGAUGAAAUGGCAAGGACUUUGCCAAAUUGUAAGCACACUUUCCAUGCGGAGUGUAUAGGUAAAUGGUUUGGUUCAAACUCAACUUGUCCUGUUUGUCGCACCGAGGCUGAACCGAGGUUAGUGGUGGCCGAGGCACCAGAAGGCACAGCCGGAGUGGGAGGAGCAACACCUUCUGCUCCACCACUGGAAGGGAGGUCAUCGUCGUUAGGUGGUGGAACACAAUCAUCAGCCAGAAUUAGUGGAUCAAACUCGAGGAUAAGUUCAUUCAGAAGAAUUCUUAGUCAGGAAAGAUCAUCACGGAGAAUUAGAUCAUGUGAAGAAGAUGGUUUACCAGAUAUUGAGAGAGUAAUUAUCUAGCAAAUGAGGUACAGGAAACCAAUACAUGCAUAUAGAUAUUAAAAUAUUUAUAGAUUCUAUACGUUUGUCACUGGAUUUCUGUGAAGAUUAAUAUUUGGUUGGUGGUUUGGUAAAAUAGAUUUCGAUUAAUUUAUUGCUUUCCUCUUAAAGAAUUCUUGGGCUUGAGCAAGGGAUUUGUUCGUUGUAUUUGAUAAUAUAAUUUUCUAAGUCAAAGUUAAAAUUAGUUACUUAUUUUUAUAAAAACAGGUUGUUAACAAUCUUAACUAGGUAGCUAUGCAUGACGUCAAAACUUAAAUGCAACUUCUACUAAAAACUUUCAGCUGAUUGACACAUCAAAUAAUACUAGAGAGACUGCAGCAAAAUUGAGAUUAUGGACUAACACAGAAUUGACAUGGAGAUCAUAGAAAUAAUUAAGACAGAAAUAUUUUGCUUCUAUCUGGGAACAAAGUUCAGAUAAAAAGUAAAUUUACUCAUAUUUUUUGUAUCUUAAAAUACCUAGGAGUUCCAGGAUAUUGCAGAUGGGACGUAUGAUGGCAACGAUAUAGCUAUUAACGUCUACUACAUAAAAGAAAUUUCCUAGUACACACUCAUCCGUCAUCCAAACAAAGAGCUUCAGUUAUUGUACUUAAAUUACAUAAAACAUCCAACGAGAUAUCUCAGUUCUUGAACUCAAUUUCUAAACUUUAAAUGCGUCUCUUCUCGCCAAAAAAAUGCAUAUAUCAUGAAUUUCAGAUGCCAAGAAACCAAAUAAAUGAGAAAUAAUAAGGCAUUAAUUCACAAUAGCAUGACAAAUAGUAAAUGCAGG